ACUAAAGAGACGCUUGACUGCGGGUUGAUUCGGGGUCUCGGAUUUUUUAAGACCGCGCCUUCAAAACUUGCCGGACGAGUUCCCGGUGUCGUCGUCCCGUAGUCUGACGGUCCCAGGACACUAAGGUAGCACAGAACGACAGGCUACAGCGCCGAUUUCACGUACAUCACUGGAGAUUCCCCGUGUUAAAGUACGGUUACGGUGGUGCCCUUUCUUAAGAUUACACCCACUACAGCAAGGUGAAGACAUUUGAUACCGGAGAGUGUCAACAUGGCAAGCAAAGACACAGGGGUGCAAAUGACCAAUGGGACCGACGACUUAAUAUGGAUCACCCCGCAUAUAUGUAUAAAGAAGACAGUCGCGGAGAAGACCGCAACCCAAACGACUAGCGGCACGUCAAGUGGCGACAAGACUAAAGAUGCAGGGCGAAGGAAUACCUCUUCCUCAAAGGGGCAAUCACUUCACAACUUACGAAAUCAAACAGAAAGGACGUUCAGACGCAAAAAUCUUACUAAUAGUGCCGGGAAAGGUAUUGAUGAGGAGGAGGACCGCAUAGGCAAGCUUCUAGGUCGGCUAGAUAGAACGUUGGACGGGCUUAAGGCAACGAAUGUAGUGACCGGAGUUGGAGGAAAACAGGCGGUGCAAGCUGGCUCCUUUAGCACAUCGCAAAAGCAGGCCGAGCAGACCAGUUCAGCAGCAGCAAAUGCAGGAAAGGGUGGGCUGGAGAGUACCCUGGCAGGAAUGCUGCAUGGUCCUACCAUCAAGGGCGACACGGCGUCCAAAGAAAAGGCACCCAUCGUUGGGCCAGGCGGCAUUCCAAAAGAAGAAGUCAGGUGGGGUUCCGAGUACGUGACAUUGAAACAAGGAGCUGCGACAGCACAGUCAGCCGCUCCAACCCAGGCCGCAGCGACCAUCAAAUCAGCAGACACCACACAGUCUGCAGCACCGCCGGGCCCUGGGCUGUCAGCUGCGUUAGAUGGAAUGCUGCGUGGACCGACCAUCAAGGGCGACAAGACGUCGAAAGAGAAAGCUCCAAUCGUUGGGCCGGAUGGUAUUCCAAAAGAAGAAGUCAGAUGGGGUUCCGAGUAUGUGACAUUGAAGCAAGGAGCUGCGACAGCACAGUCGGCUGCCCCAGUACAGGCAGCAGCGACCAUCAAGUCAGCAGACACCACACAGUCUGCGGCACCGCCGGGUCCUGGGCUGUCAGCUGUGUUAGAGGGCAUGUUACAUGGUCCUACUAUCAAGGGUGACAAGACGUCGAAAGAGAAAGCUCCAAUCGUUGGGCCAGGUGGCGUCCCUAAAGAAGAGGUUCGAUGGGGUUCUGAGUACGUCACCGACAAGCAAGGAGCUGCGACGAUGCAGUCAGUCGCUCCAACCCAGGCAGCAGCGACCAUCAAGUCAGCAGACACCACACAGUCUGCGGCAUCGCCGGGUCCCGGGCUGUCAGCUGCGUUAGAGGGAAUGUUACAUGGUCCCACUAUCAAAGACAAGACGUCGAAAGAAAAGGCUCCAAUCGUAGGUCCUGGUGGCGUCCCUAAAGAAGAAGUCAGGUGGGGGUCUGAGUACGUGACAGACAAGCAAGGUGCAGCGACGAUGCAGUCAGCCGCUCCAACCCAGGCCGCAGCGACCAUCAAAUCAGCAGACGCCACACAGUCUGCGGCACCGCCUGGUCCUGGACUGUCAGCUGCGUUAGAGGGGAUGUUACAUGGUCCCACUAUCAAAAACAAGACGUCGAAAGAAAAAGCCCCAGUUGUAGGGCCAGAAGGAAUCCCUAAGGAAGAGGUCAGGUGGGGCUCAGAGUAUGUCACUGACAAGCAAGGAGCUGCAACAAUGCAGUCGGCAGCCCCAGUACAGGCAGCAGCGACCAUCAAGUCAGCAGACGCCACACAGUCUGCGGCACCGCCGGGUCCCGGGCUGUCAGCUGCGUUAGAGGGCAUGUUACAUGGCCCUACUAUCAAAAACAAGACGUCGAAAGAAAAAGCCCCAAUCGUAGGUCCAGGAGGCGUCCCUAAGGAAGAAGUACGAUGGGGUUCUGAGUACGUCACCGACAAGCACGGAGCUGCAACAAUGCAGUCGGCUGCCCCAGUACAGGCAGCAGCGACCAUCAAGUCAGCAGACACCACACAGUCUGCAGCACCGCCUGGUCCUGGACUGUCAGCUGCGUUAGAGGGCAUGUUACAUGGUCCAACUAUCAAGGGUGACAAGUCGUCGAAAGAAAAAGCCCCAAUUGUAGGUCCUGGCGGCGUCCCCAAAGAAGAAGUAAGAUGGGGCUCUGAGUACGUCACCGACAAACAAGGAGCAGCGACGAUGCAGUCAGCCGCUCCAACCCAGGCCGCAGCGACCAUCAAGUCAGCAGACACCACGCAGUCUGCGGCACCGCCUGGUCCUGGACUGUCAGCUGCGUUAGAGGGCAUGCUACAUGGUCCUACCAUCAAAGACAAGAAUCAGAAGAAAAAGAACGCACCAGUCGUCGGCCCUGAUAGUAUUCCUACGGAAGAAGUCAGGUGGGGAGCGGAAUAUUCUGCAAAAGAGGCUAAAGGACAGAAGUCUGGGCAGAAGGCUGGGGGACGCAAGGGGUCAGGCAAGAAAAAGGGGAAAAAAUAAAACUUCAUAGAAAUAAACAAUAGCUAAAACAGUACUACGUAGGUAUCUACAUCAUGCGAUGGCUUUUGCAGUACAAUAGGCUGGGCACACAACAAUGAAAUUGCCUUAGUAUUAUUGAGUUAUUGACUUGCCUGCAGGUAGGGACAUAUCAUUCUUUUGGUCGCAAGGUCAUCAUUUUAGUUACCACCUACAUACAAGAAAUGUUGCAGAAUGGAAAUAUUGGUUAGUACAAUGGUGACAGAAAUGGCCGAUCAUUGACAUGGAUUACAAAAUGUAUAAAGACGACAUUCCAGCGAAGAGAUCUGCAUGUGCCUUGGUAUACAUUUGUAUUUUAUUACGUGCUAGUUCUAACAGCAAACGAAAUUGUAAGUAGGAUGCUGGUAUACUAGUAAUCUGUACAGUACUGUAUCUUUAGGUAAAAUAAUAAAGAAAAUUGCAGAUAGUAAAAAUAAUGUGUUCCCUGUAGUGAUACGGUGAUUAGCACUAGAGAUAGAAGAGGAAUAUGAACAUAAUUGAUCUACAUAUUAAAAGAAGCCAUACGACCAAGAUAUCUAUCCGCUAAAGAUGUAAUCAACUAACCAAUCAGCUGGUCCUAUCACGUUUCAAAUGUUAAUAUUUUUGGCGCUUGGUUUCAUGUAUCGCUGUCAUAAUAGUACGCAUAGUGACAUUAGAAAUGGUACAAAACAAAACAGGAUUUUUCAGGUGACUGCUCUUAGCUACGUUGAUUGAUAAUUCAUGACAAACGGUGACGGAAAUAAAUAAGAAAAAAUUAACCCUGCUGGGACAG